AAGCGUUUCCAGUGUAGAGGUCGUAAACGUGAAAAGAGGCCGUUUAGGAAUUCUACGAUGUUGUAAAGUGCGAAAUAAAGGUAUUAUUUAUGUUCAUGCACAUUAUUUGUGGUGUUAGUAAUGUGAUUGCAUCCGAAUGUAACCUGCCCGUGCUGCGAUUUGAUGCGAGGACGUGCGCUCUUUGUGACCAUGGCAUGCAAGACCACAGCUCGAAGCCACACACAUGGAAUUCCCAGUUCGAAGGCGGCCUGGUAAUCUAGGCACUCCAACCCUGAGGAGAAGGAUGGACCGUAUGUUACCUUUUUCUGAGCGCCGCACGUCCAAAGUGUGGGACCACUACACCCAACUUAGUAUGUACAGAGUUGAAUGUAACCACUGCAAGAGGCAGCUGUCUUUUCACAACAGCACCACCUCAAUGAGGGAGCACCUGGGGCGCAAACACAGCAUUCGUGAUGGAGCAGUUCCCCCUCCCAACACAGCGGAUGUCCAUAAUCCAUCAGCAUUACAUCAACAAAUGGUUCAGUCCAAUUUACUUAAUAGCAGAUUUGCCACAUCCGGUACUGCAGUCGAUGCUUCAGUAGGUGCAUUUCAGCCGGUAGUGCCGGUUGUUGUGAAAGAGGAGCAUCAUGAGCAGCUAUCAGUUGAGGGAGGUGAAACCAAACAUGCUUGCUCCACAUAUCCCCCUAAUGCUGCUGGAGGAGGUGGCACGUCAAAUGCUAACACCAUCUCCAACCAAGACAUGGACAUAACAUACGGAUUUUCUACAGAUGAGAUCAACAGCACACUCAUCAGCAGUGGUGGCAGCAAUAACAACAGUGGCACUAGGGGUUGCAGUGACAAACGGGCUGGGGUCUUAACAGAUCUGAUCCUGGAGAUGGUAUUUAGAGACCUCCAGCCUCUGUCAGUGGUUGAAGAGAGAGGAUUUAGACUGUUGCUUAGCUGCCUUGAGCCUAAUUAUCCAGUGCCAUCGCCUUCCUUGCUUGGCAGCCUUCUGUGGCAUCGUUAUCAUAUUCUCAAACAAUGCCUUCAGCGCCAUCUUCAAACAGGCCUUGCUCCUCGCUGUCUGGCCCUCUGCACUGAACACUGGCGAUCUGUAGAAGGCUGUGGGGUUGAAGGUAGUGGUCAGUCCUACCUCACUGUCAGCGCACAUUUUGUUGACUCCAACUGGCGCCUGGCCCGCUGUGUUCUAGAGACUCGGCCAAUACCUGAAUACAAAGGAAACUCCGCUAACCGCGGCCUUGAUAAGUUUGCAAGUAUCUUAAAAGCAGUUCUUUCAGAAUUCAACCUUCCUGAGAAUUAUGUGUUUUGUGUUGUUCAUGACACACCCUGGGGUGCUGAUGGUAGGAGGCAGAGCAACCUAGCACUUGACCAGGAAUAUCAACAGGAAUUUCCUGGACCCAGUCAUGCUCCUGUUCUGUCCAUUACAGAGGGCUGGGAACCAGUUCUUUGUGCAGGGGAGGCUCUCAAGCUAUGCGUCCAGGAAGGACUUUAUGUAGAGACUGUGAGACAGGCGCUUGCAGAUGCCCGUGGGAUUGUACUACACUUCCAGCAUGACAUGAAUGCUGCAGCAGCUCUGAAUCAGAAAGCUGAGGCUGCCAACAAAGGUGCAGCACGCCUGGUCCUGGACGACCCUGGCCGCUGGGCCACAGCCAUUGACAUGUGUGAGAGCCUGCUGGAGCUCAAGUGGGUUGUAAGUUCAGUUCUGGAAGAGCAAAAGGCAGCAACUAACUUGGCUGAUCAUCAGUGGCGUUUAUUACAUGAAAUGGUGCCAGUGCUAAGGACUGUGCGCAUCGCAGCAUCCUUCCUUAGUGAGGACAUCAAUGCCGCAAUUUCUGCCUUGAUGCCAUGUCUCCAAGGAGUAUCCCGACUUCUGGGGCAGAACAUGGCUGAGUGCAGCUGCCCUGUGGUUAGAGGAGUCAUGGAAAGGAUCCGUGCUGGGAUGGAGAAGCGCUGGAGGCUGAGUGAUGAGGAAGCUCUGCUUGAAAGUCCUGCUGUCUUAUCCUCAUUCUUGGAUCCAAGAUUCAAAGAGAUGCGAUUCCUCAGCCCACAUGCCCGCAGCAAGCUGCAUGACAAGGUGAAAGAACUGUUGUCUGUUCAGGCUUAUACAGACGAUGCGGAGGUGGACCAAGAAAUAGAUAGAGGCUUGGAAGUCAGAAGAAAUGAAGCAGGAGGGGAACCUGCAGUUUUGGGCCUGGAUGACACAUUGCCUAUCCCCACAGUGGCAUCCUUGGAUUCACCUGAGUCAUGUGCUUCAGGAGAGGAAGGUGACAGCAUUGAACUGCAGCAGAACGAGAACUUUACCACCGUCUCAUCUCCAGAACAGGUCAAUGAGAACAUGCUUGUGGGUUCACCUUCCAAAGCCACCAGUGGCCGUAAAAGAACAGCCAGCGCAGCUGGACUAACAUCACCAUUAAGAAGUGACCGGCAGCUCACUGCCCGAAUGCGAAUGAGUCCUUUUCCUCAAACCAUGUAUGAUAUUCUUCUAGGUGAGGAUCCAACUGAACGGAUGCCUGAGAUCCACCAACAGCUGGAGAAUUAUAUCGCAGAACCGCUGUGCAAACGCAGCCUCUCGCCUCUCCACUGGUGGCGCAACAAGGAGCACCGCUUCCCAGCGGUGGCCCGACUCGCACGAAAAUAUCUUGCAAUUCCAGCUACUGCUAUCCCUGCUGACCGGGCUUUUGCCCCAAGGGAAUCUGCUUUGGCCCACAGGAGAGCCAUGCUCGGGCCUAAGCAUCUUGACCAUGUCUUGUUUCUUCAUCAGAACUGUGAUUAUGUGGAACAGCUCAAAGGUGGACCUUCAGGGCAUCGAGACAGUGACCAUAACAGUAGUGUCAGUGGGAACCAAAGUAGAGAGAGUCUUUAUCAGACUUUAGUGUCAUAUGACAACAAGGUUUGAGUGACAAGAGCUGUGAGGACUAUGGAUGGACACAUUACUCUUAUGCACAAAUCAAUUAUGACAGUUAAACUUCUUGAAUGUAAGAAGGUCAUAUUUGAAUGGGGCACUUUCACAGUCUUAUUUUUCAAACGUAUCAAAAUAAGCUUCUUGUGGUCUGUGAUUAAAAAACCCUGACUAGUCUAUAAGGAUUCAUGUAAUAUCUAUGAGUUUUGAAUUCAACAGUUGUGCAGCUAUUUAAGAUUAUAUUUACAGUGACCAGAGAAAUGUCAUGACUAGCUUAAAACAACAAUUCCUAUUCCGUAUAAGGAAAUUACUACACUACCUUUUUUUAGUGUUUGGGCUCUAGGAGUUCUGGAAAAUGGUUUGGUCUUUGUCUUGUGAUUCCAAUGUGUUUAUUGUUAUGCAUAAUGGAUACUUUUAUGUGCCUGUUAGAUAUUGCUUAUAUGGUAUGUUUUGAGUUACAGGGUAAAAUAUACUGUUACUUAAAAGUUAUUGUCUCUCAAACAUUGAUGUUUGAUUGUGAUGAUGACAGAUAAAGUAUUGCCAAGUCCA